AUGCAAGUGGGAGAAAUUGAAGAAAGAAGGGAGUCAACACCAACAGUCACUUUCUUUGACUUGUCUUUACUCAGGAAAUUUGGGUCAAACGUUAACUUUCAGUUAGGUCGAUUGCCAAUACUUUGUCUACUGUUCCCCCAAUCUAACGAAUUCACAGCGAGGGAAUAUUACGAACCGUGGCUGGACAUCGAAAACAAUUCACCCAGAUGGAUGCGAAUCCCGCAACCACAAGGUCGCAACAUAGACAGACAAUACCAAUCGAACGACAACAUCGAGUCUGGAAGACACUUCAAACCAGAGACCAUAUACAAGAUAACAGAAACCUUAGGAGCCCUGAACACAGUCGGCAGAUACCUAGUCAACAUAACCAAGACCGGUGGGGAGAACACGAACAACUUGUCCCCAGACGUACCGAGCGCUUUGUAUACCAUCAGUAAGAACGUGCUAGGGAGGAAUGUGACUGAUACCAUCGCUCCCUUUGUUAGAGAAGCUUUGCCCCCAGUAGAGGAGCCUAACUACUCCAAUGAGCAACUAGUAGCCAGUAGUAGCCAAGUAUACACGGUGAACCACGAGAAUGCUAACAAAAAUGAGAAAGUUGACAAAGAUGAUGAAGAUGAAGAUCCAAGGAGUUGUACUACGCCUGAAGGCAUAGAAGGAUACUGUGAUGACUUGAGUAACUGUCCACAACUUCUACUCAACCUAGGAAAUUUGAGGCAAUCACUCUGCUUCAAGAGCCUUUUUGUCCCCGGUGUCUGCUGUCCAAAAUCUGCUAACUCUCAACCGGAUAGCCUGAGCCCUAUCCCGACUAGUACUAGUACUACCACGACUACCACACAUCGCCCAGUUACUUUUGCUGCCAUUUAUUACAACACAGAAAAAACAACCACUCAGAAACCUCAAAAAUUAUCUCCAGUACCCAGUGUUAUUGUAACCAAACCUCCUAUCAAUAUACCCAGCUACCCUAAUAACUUACCUCCAGUAGCAGUCAUAGGAAAUAAUUAUGUGGAUCCAGGAGAGUGUGGUCAGCCAGAAUCUGCCAAAUUCCGAGUGGUGGGUGGUGAAGAGGCUCUGCCCGGGAGAUGGCCAUGGAUGGCUGCGAUUUUUCUUCACGGAUCCCGAAGAACUGAAUUUUGGUGUGGAGGUUCCUUACUCACAGCUACACAUGUCUUGACAGCUGCCCAUUGUACGAUAGAUUCUCGCCAAAGACCAUUCGCUGCCCGCCAAUUCACGGUUCGACUAGGCGACAUAGACCUGAAAAGAAACGACGAACCAUCGGGCCCAGAAACAUUCAAAGUGGCAGAAAUCCGAGCUCACAAGCAGUUCUCCAGAGUGGGCUACUACAACGACAUAGCCAUCCUGAAGUUGGACAGACCAGCCAGGAAAUCAAAGUACAUAAUUCCCCUUUGUUUGCCCCCUCCCCAACUCAGGAACGACAAGUUUGCCGGGAGGAAAACGACUGUCGUAGGAUGGGGUACCACUUACUACGGGGGCAAAGAGAGUACCGUGCAGAGGCAGGCGGUGUUGCCUAUUUGGAGGAACGAGGAUUGCAAUGAGGCCUAUUUCCAGCCGAUUACUGCCAACUUCAUUUGCGCUGGUUAUUCACAAGGAGGCACCGAUGCUUGUCAGGGGGAUUCUGGGGGUCCUCUGAUGAUUCAUUGGGAUGCCAGAUGGGUGCAAGUAGGAGUGGUUUCAUUUGGAAACAAGUGCGGGGAACCAGGUUACCCAGGAGUUUAUACAAGGGUCACCGAGUACUUAGACUGGAUAGAACAAAACACUCGAACGUGA